UAAAAGUAGAUUGUAGUAGUAGACCCAUCAAACUUCACUCUCACACACACACUCUCUCUUAAGUCACCGCCGCACGCAAGCAAAUCAUUCUUCAGCCAUGGCUAACAUCAAACAAACCAAUCGCCGUCGUUCCUCUUCCUCAUGCCACCGUCACCCAUCCGCUAAACCAACCGCCGGUUUCUGCGCUUCCUGCCUCCGUGAACGUCUAAUCACUAUAGAAGCUCAGUCUUCCUCUUCUUCCUCUUCUUCUCACCCCGCCGCCGUUCAAACUCCUGAGCUCCGUCGUAUUAGAUCACACUCCGUUCGCAACGCAUCAGUCUCCGUUUCAACGCAGCCGCGACGGAGAUCGUGUGACGCUAGGUCAAGCGCAAGCUCACUACACGAUCUGUUCGUCGAUGAUGACGAAGAACGGUUAGAUAGUUCGAUUCGGAAACCUCUGGUUCCGGAUUUGAUAGAAGAAGAUUACUACGAUGGAGAAGAUAUCAAAGGUUUUGAUGAAGGCAAGCCGAAGAAGAUCGUCGAAGAAGAAGAAGGUGUAGAGAACAAGACGAUGAAGGAGUUUAUAGAUCUUGAUUGGGGAAACCAAAUCAAGAAGAAGGAGAUAGCAUCGGUUUUGAGCAGGAAGCUUAAGAUAUUUUCAUUGAAUCAUCAUCAUCACAAGGAGAAGAGAAAAGAUGAACAAUCAGAUUCUAGAUUUGGUCGUCACUCUUGUGAUGUAGAUCCUAGAUUGUCUUUUGAUGGAGGUAGGAUCUCGUUUGAGAAACCUAGGGCUUCAUGGGACGGUUGCUUGAUUGAGAAAUCAUAUCACAAGUUGACGACGUUGUCUACUGUGACAGAAGAUGCUAAAGCUAAUAAAUGUCUUGUUGAAGAAGAGGAAGAGGAAGAGGAAGAGGAAGAGGAGAAGAGUCCUGGUGGGACAGUUCAAACAAAGAACUAUUACUCGGAUUCUCGUAGAAGAAGAAGCUUUGAUCGAAGACAAGGAUUGCUUGAGGUUGAUGAGUUGAGAGGUAUUUCAAAUGCUAAGGUAUCACCUGAAACUGUUGGUUUGUUUCAUGGUGCUAAGUUAUUGGUUACAGAGAAGGAACUUAGGGAUUCUAAUUGGUAUUCGAUCAAAAACGUUAAACCGGAGAGUAAAGAAUUAGUUUCUGAAGGAAAGAUUUGUAUUGGUGCUGGUGGUGGUGAGGGGAAGAAGCAGGAUGGUGUAGAGUUAAAGAAACGUAGAAAGAAAUGGCCAAAGGGAUGGAACAUUUGGGGACUAAUACAGAGGAAAAACGAGGCCAGGAAGAACGAAAUCAAAACCGAGCAGAGUUUGAAACUUGAAGGAAAUGCUGUUGAGGGUUCUUUGGCUGAGUCUUUGUUAAAGCUUAGGAGAGUAGGUAAAGGAGAAACCAAUGGUGGUGUUAGUGAGAAGCUUUUGAAAAGCUAUAGUGUAAGCACGAGAAAGUCUUGCGAUGGUGUGUUUAGUGGUGGUGCUAAUAUCUUUGAAGGUGGAAGAAGCUCAUGUGAUGGUCUGUUUCAUGGAUCUAUUAACAGUGUUGAGGUUGGAAGGAGCUCGUGUGAUGGAUUGGUUAAUGGAAUUGAGGAUAAACAAAAUCAUCAUCUACUUCAGACAAAUGCAAAUGUUGGUACUUGCGGCCGAGAGAAACCUGAGAAUAGUUUGUUAAAAUUAUAUAUGACUCCGGCAAGGAGCCAUAAGACUAGCAAAUCCGGGAAGAGUAGGCUGAAGAAUUAGUUUGAUCUGACAUUUGUGUUAACUCUUGAACUACUCUGUUGUAAUUAACAACUAAUGUAUUUGUUACUUUGGUCUAUAGAUAAAUGAACUAAGAUUCUAUUGCAAUCCUGUUCAUAGUCAUACUGUUAA